AGGAGGGCUUGUGCAGCCUUCCCUUGUCUUGCAAUCCUAGAGGCCCGAUGGCGCUACGGGGCAUCAGGGUGGUGGAGCUGGCCGGCCUGGCCCCGGCCCCGUUCUGCGGCAUGGUCCUAGCCGACUUCGGGGCGCAGGUGGUGCGUGUGGACCGGCCCGGCUCCGCCGGCGACGUGAGUCAGCUGGGCCGAGGCAAGCGCUCGCUGGCGCUCGACCUGAAGCGGCCUCCGGGCGCGGCCGCGCUGCGGCGCUUGUGCGCACGCGUGGACGUGCUGCUGGAGCCCUUCCGCUGCGGUGUCAUGGAGAAACUUCAGCUUGGGCCAGACCUGCUGCUGCGGGAGAAUCCAAAGCUCAUCUAUGCCAGGUUGAGUGGAUUUGGCCAGUCAGGAAGCUUCUCCCAGGCAGCUGGCCAUGACAUCAACUAUUUGGCUUUGUCAGGUGUUCUGUCAAAACUUGGCAGAAGUGGUGAGAACCCAUAUGCGCCGCUGAAUCUCCUGGCCGACUUUGGCGGUGGCGGCCUUAUGUGCACAGUGGGCAUCCUGAUAGCCCUGGUGGAGCGCAUGCACUCUGGCAGAGGCCAAGUCAUUGACGCAAGCAUGGUAGAAGGAACAGCCUAUCUAAGUUCUUUUAUAUGGAAAACUCAAAAAAUCGGUCUGUGGAGUGAACCUCGGGGAAAGAACCUGCUAGAUGAUGGGGCACCUUUCUACACAACUUACAGGACAGCAGAUGGAGAGUUCAUGGCUGUUGGAGCUCUAGAACCCCAGUUCUACCAGCUUCUGAUCAAAGGACUUGGACUGAAGUCUGAUGACCUUCCCAACCAGAUGAGCCAGGCAGAUUGGCCAGAAAUGAAGAAGAAAUUUGCAGAUGUUUUUGCCAAGAAGACCAAGGCAGAGUGGUGCCAGAUCUUUGAAGGCACAGAUGCUUGUGUGACCCCAGUGCUGACGUUGGAAGAAGCUGUACAUCAAAAUCACAACGGAGAACGGGGUUCAUUCAUCACCGAUGAGGAGCAGCAUGUGAGUCCUCGCCCUGCACCUCUGCUGUCACGCACCCCGGCUGUCCCUUCUACCCGAAGGGACCCAUUCAUAGGAGAGCAUAGUAAAGAGAUACUUAGAGAAUUUGGCUUUAACCAGGAAGAAAUUGAUGAGCUGUACUCAGAGGGCAUUAUUGAAAGUAGGAAGCCAAAAUCCAAUCUCUAACUUCUAGGCUCAGAGCUCAAUGGAAUUUGGUUGUUUCCACAUUGGACAAUAAUUCAGAAAGAAGGAUACACGGAAAUGUGAAAGAACGCUAAUGCAGUGACCCAUCUGACCUAAUCUUGAAACAGCUACAGAAUGAUUACACUGUAAUUCUCUUUUGGAAAUGAUUCAGAGUGUUUGAUUGAGUUAUUUUUUGGGAACUUAUAUUAGCUAAUGGCAGUAUUUUUUGUCUUUCAGUUUACUUCAUAAAAUAUAUUUGUUGACAUUGAAAUACUUUAUACUUU